UUAUCACUUACCUGGAGUGAGAGAAGGAAGAAGGAGACAGAGAGUGAGCGAGACAGACAGCGGGAGUGAAGGAGGAAUACAGAAAGAAAAGCAGACAGGGAACCACAGGGAGGAAGAGACAAAGAGAGAAGAGCGAGAAAGAGAGAGGGAGAGAGAGAACGAAGGAGUAACAGCCGGGAGCCAGGGAGACGAGAAGAAGGGGAGAGAGUGAACGAGAGAGGCAGGAGGACCGGCAGACGGUGAAGGAGAGCAGACUUCUGUUCGGUGUCAUCGACACUGCUGCACUCACAAUGGUGCGCUCAGUUGGCGUAGUCGGGAUCAUCAUCGCUGUGUGUUUGUCUCUCAUCGUGGUCGUGUUGCUGUGCCUGCUCUUCUACAGCUGCUACAAGAACGGCUUCGGACCCAGGAUGUCAGACCGGCUCUCCGGCUUGAAGUCCCUAAAGAGGUCGAUGGAUGUGGAGCUGGCCCCUCCUUUCACAAUCAGCAGCUCACUGGGUGAUGCGACGGCUGGCAGCGGGAGGGUGAACUACAGGAGCAUGGUGGAGGAGGCGUGGGACCCUGACCGGAGUCCAGGUGACGUGUCGUAGAAGUGACUCUGCGGGGGGACUCUGAGGGUCUGCAAUGUGCAUGGAGUCUGUAACACAACUCCUGAGGACUGCGCCACUGAAGACACUGAGAGAGACUUCUAGUCAAGACGCUUCACCAAACUUAAUCCAUCUCUUCUGUGGUGUUUGUGAAGCUAGCAUCACUGCGGGGUCCAUAGAUCAGGGGGAGGGUCUUGUUUUGAAAUGCCCGGGAACUCUGUGCUCUGCAGGCUGACUGAUAGGAGCUGUUCCUGCAGCUGCAGGGCUCUCGUUGCCUCCUGGUUGUCUCGGUCAUUCGAAGAGGGGAGCUCUCAACCCCACCCCUCCUGGGAGGUCUCAGCUCUGCUGUUUUAAAUGCUUUUCAAUUUGUGACUUUUUUAUUUGUGAGAGAGGGUGACAGCAUUAAAAAUAUAACCUGUAUAAUUAAAGCUUUGUAAGAGAAAAAAAAGGGCUUGUCCUGUCUUUAUUCCACCAGGGUGCACCUGAAUACAGAGACAGACACAAGCCUGCCCUGCAGAUAGAAAAUAAAACAAUGCU